AUGGCACUUCUGCAGUUCAUCAGCGCUGGACUAGAAAAGGUAGCCAUUCCGACCACAGUCCAUAGUGAUCAUCUUAUUGUCAGCAAAUUUGGCGCCGAGCUAGAUCUGCAGAAUGCACUAAUUGAACACCACGAAGUGUACGACUUUCUAAGCAGUGCGUCGAAGAAAUACGGUAUUGGCUACUGGAAGGCAGGAUCAGGUAUCAUUCACAUCAUCAUCUUCGAAAAUUACGCAGUGCCUGGCGGGCUCAUCAUCGGCACGGAUUCUCACACUCCAAAUGCUGGUGGUAUGGGAAUGCUGGGCAUAGGUGUUGGCGGCGCUGAUGCAGUUGACGCGAUGGCGGGUAUCAGCUGGGAGUUGAUGUGUCCUAAGAUAACAGGUGUAAGAUUGACUGGCAGUCUCCGCAACUCGAGAUGGACAUCUUCAAAGGACAUUAUCUGCAAGCUUGCUGGAAUCUUGAAAGUCUCUGGUGGCAAGGGCAAGAUUAUUGAAUUCUUCGGACCUGGUGUGGAAUCGAUGGGCGCAACGGCGAUGGCAACAGUAUGCAACAUGUCUGCUGAAAUUGGUUCUACCUCAUGCAUAUUUCCUUACACUGAAGCAAUGGGACGAUAUUUGGCGUCUACAAAACGAGCUGACAUUGCAGAAGCUGCCAAUACAUACAGCACACCGUUAUUGACAGCUGAUCAUGGUAGUGACGUAUACUAUGAUGAAGUCAUUGAAAUCGACCUCGACGUAUUGGAACCACACAUAAAUGGGCCUUUCACGCCUGAUUUGGCACAUCCUCUAUCGCGACUUAGUGAUGCAGUCGCAAAGAACAAUUGGCCUGCUCAGCUCAGUUCUAGCAUGGUAGGCAGUUGCACUAACAGCUCAUACGAAGAUCUCAAGAAGGUGCAGCACUUGAUCAAACAAGCAAAAGCGGCAGGUAUCGCAAAGGUUAAAGUGCCGUUCUUGGUAUCGCCUGGAAGUGAACAAAUUCGAGCAACAGCUGAAGCUGAUGGUAUCUUUGACGAUCUGAGAGAUGCUGGUGCAACAGUACUGAGCAGUUCCUGUGGACCAUGCGUAGGUCAAUGGGACAGGACGGAUGUGCCGAAGGGAGAGAGAAACUCAGUGAUAUCGAGCUACAACAGGAACUUUGCUGGGCGACACGACAGUAAUUCCGCUACGCAUUCUUUUGUCACAUCCCCAGAACUUGCCACGGUUUUUGCAUAUUCAGGAGAUCUGUGUUUCAAUCCUGCUACAGACGCUGUAUCAGUUUCGACGUCUCCCUCUGCAGGAUUGACGGAGAGCUUCAGAUUCGAACCACCGGAGUCCAGUGAGCUACCACCAGCAUUCCUGCCUGGUGAGCUGAGAUAUCAGGCGCCUACUCUUGAUAAUAGAUCAGUACAAGUUCAGAUCGACCCAGGAUCAGACCGACUGCAGCUCAUUCGACCGUUCGCACCAUGGCAAGAUGAGAAUGUCCAUGAUAUGCCCAUUUUGAUCAAGGUCAAAGGGAAGUGCACGACAGAUCACAUAUCUCCAGCAGGUCCGUGGUACAAGUAUCGUGGACACUUGGAAAAUAUCAGCAAUAAUAUGCUCACUGUCGCCUCUAAUGCUUUUAUCCCACCGACUGAUACUCGUUGCAUUGGCCAUGCCAUUGACCCCGAAACAAGAAAAGUUGAUUCAGUACCAUUAGUAGCACAAGACCUCAAAAAGAGAGGCGUCAAAUGGUGCAUCAUCGGAGACCACAACUACGGCGAAGGCUCGUCACGAGAACAUGCAGCACUCGAACCAAGAUUCCUCGGAGGCAUUGUCAUUAUCGCACGAGGCUUUGCUCGUAUACACGAGACGAACCUAAAAAAGCAAGGAAUGCUGCCGCUGACGUUCGAUGAUCCUGCUGAUUACGACAGAAUAGUAGAGGGUGAUCGAAUCUCUUUGCAGGGAGUACAGCCAGGCGAGAUGAAGCCUGGGAAGCAGGUCACUAUGCAUGUAAGGAGAAGAGAUGGAUCGUCUUGGGAAACACACCUAAAUCACAGCUUCCAUGCUGGCCAGAUCCAGUGGUUGAGAGCUGGAAGUGCUUUGAAUCAUAUCAAGAAUGUCCAGCGUGCUUCAGGCCACCACAAAUCUGUUGAGACUUGA